UUGACCACUUCCGUCUUUGUCGUGUAAGUGCCCCACCCUCCGAUUCGUCCCGCAUACUUUCCUCCUAUCGUGAUGCAUGGCAUAACAGCAUUGUCGGUUGCAGUGCAUUAUAUCAGCUGCUUUUUCCAUUCCUCCUUCCUUCCUCAUUCUUAAUUUCCAAAACUGACAAUAAACCAACCGCCAGUUACCGUUAAACCAUCAAAUGGCACUUCAGUUUCAGUCCUCAUAACACUAUAUUCGCCAUGUCGUUGACUUCUGCUUCCACUCCCACUUACCGUGCUGGUUGGGCCAAGGCCUCCUCUCUGGCUUCCGGCGCCGCUGUAGUUCGCCACCACCAUCAACAACAGCAAACACGGGGCUUUCGCUUCGGUCGCGCCUGGUCAUCCUACCUCGACCCCGAAUACACCCAAGAUGUCUGCCAUCGCCAACGCAAAAUUCGCUACAAAUACUUCCAGACCUUGAACCGCCGACUUUCAUGGGAGCAGCACCCCCUGGCCGAGGAUGCCAAGUCAACCAUCAAGCGCAUGUCCAAGGACUAUUGGUAUCCUGUUGAACAGGAGAAUUCUGCGCGAAGAUAUGUCGACGAGGAAAUCGCGGCCAACACCAUCAAUAACCCAACCGGCAUUCGUCCAGGUCAAAAUAUCGAAGAUGCAGAGCGUGCACCCCUCGAGGACUUGCUAUUCGGAGACGCCAAGAAACAGAUGAAGACAAAGGCGGAGGCUCCUCUUGAGAAGUCGAAGCGCUAUCGGGGUAACAAAAACAAGUUCAAGUCGGUGAAAGCGGACUCUGAAUACGUGAUUGACCCCAUCACCAACCGCAAGGUCCUCAAAUCAGCAACAUUCGGCCUCGACAGCAAGGCCCCGCCAUCCGGUCCCUAUACAUCUCAGUUUACCAACCUCAGCCCUCCAGAGCUUGACGCCUCAAAACCCAUCUUUUAUGACGGCCCACCUCCAGAGGCAGAGCUCAAGCUCUACAGCCAGGUCAAGAUCGACGACGCACCAUGGAACCCGAUCGACCCAGCAUCUGCCACGACUCUUUCAGAUGUGCUUCUCAAAGACACAUCCGCCCCUGACUUGUUGAACGCCCUGUCGUCGGAUCAUGCCGAAGUGUCUUGGCACCCUAACGCGGGAAUUGCCGCGACCACAGCCGUGCCGCCUUUGGGUUCCCAACCGCAACCGGUAGCUUAUGAGGCAUCUGAGACCUUCAACGAGCAAGAAGCGACACCCGGGGAGCUCAACAAGUACGGACCUGUUAGGGCAAGCGAACCUGAUGGCAAAUACAAACACAGCAUCGAGCCAGUCGCCAACCAGGCUGAGCUGGGCCAAUACAACGCUGUUCGCAGCCACGAGCCCGAUGGGAAAUACAAGGAUACUCCCGAAUCACCUGCCGACCAGACGGAACUGGCCAAAUACGGCGCAGUUCGCAGUCACGAGCCCGAUGGCAUGUACAAGCAGGCCUCGGAGAAAAAUGUCGACAAGGCGGAACUUGGCCAGUACGGCGCCGUCCGCGGUCAUGAACCUGACGGUAAGUACAAGGACGUCGUCGAGGAGAAGUACGAUCCGGCUGAGCUUGCCGAGUAUGGCGCAGUCCGUGCCCACGAGCCCGAUGGCAAGUACAAGGAGGAGAAGGGGGUUACCAACACUCAAGAAUACGACCCUGCCGAACUGGCCGAAUACGGUUCAGUCCGGGCUCAUGAGCCUGACGGUAUGUACAAGCAGGAGAAGGGAGUUACCAACACUCAAGAAUACGACCCUGCCGAACUGGCCGAAUACGGUUCAGUCCGGGCUCAUGAGCCUGACGGCAUGUACAAAAAGCAAAAGGAGGUCAAAAACUACGACGAGUAUGAUCCAGCGGAGCUGGCCCAGUACGACGCAGUCCGUGCUCAUGAGCCGGACGGUAUGUACAAGGAGCAGAAAGCGUUCACCAACACUCAAGAAUAUGACCCUGCCGAACUAGCCCAGUAUGACGCCGUUCGCGCCCACGAGCCCGAUGGCAUGUACAAGAAGGAAAAGGAGUACACCAACUACUCCGAGUACCAAGAUUUGGACUCGUACGAUAAACCAUUCCUCAGCCACGAGCCCGACGGGAAGUAUGCUGCGGAGAUGGCACGCGCCGAGCCGAGAUCCGAGCCUCCGGUUUUGAAACAGCUCCGCGAGCGCGAGCAGCACGCCAAUGAUGCGGAACUGGAAGCAGCUUGGACUGCCCACUGUGAGAAGAACGCGGUGGACGAGGCCAAGCUCUCUAAGGAACUGUCUCAGUACGGCGCAUUUAGAAGCCAUGAGCCCGAUGGCAAGUACGCUGCUGCUGCUCAAGGGCGUCAGACACAAGCCCAGGCCGCACGGGAAGAGACUCCCAGCGAGGAAAACCCCCUGGAAGCUUUCACCUACGAAGACGCCCAGACCACCAAAUCGUCUGCGGCCUCCGAGCCACAAACCGUUGAGACCACCACCACCACCACCACCACCCCAACCUCCGAACCAACCCUCUACAAAAUCCUCGCCUUCAACCCCGACACCCAAUCCGUCGAAGCAGCCGAGACCACCUCCAGCAUCCUCCCCUCCUCCAACUCCGCAAACACCUCCACCUCCCCCGCCGACGUGCUCCCCCGCCUCACCAACAUCUCCAAGUUCCUCCCACACUUUGCCCGCCUCGAGUCUCAAGGCUUCGAAAUCGCCGCUGGCUCCGGAGACGUUCUUGUUUUUCGCAAGGUCCGCGAAGGUGUUACUUCCCCUCAAUCUCAGACGACCGUCCAUUCGGAGCCCGCCGCCGUUGCGCACAACACGAGACAAGCUGUUGCGGCUGCUGAUGGUAGUGGUAGUACCGCCACCAUGGCGACCAGCGGCGGCUCCACUAUCAACCCCAUUGACAUGACGGGCGGCCUGGGUGGGAAGAGGGAUUACCAUGUUGCUGCGGGACGGUUUGCUAGUCCGACGGGGUUUGUGAAUUAUAACUUGCCAUCUGCUGCGGCCAGUCAGUCUUCUGCUGCGAGUGAAAAGGUUCACUAUGAAGAGGCUUCUGCGGCUGCUGAGACUCGACAGCAACAGGAACAGAAGCAGCAGCAGAAGCAGGAGAAGGGACAAAGGAAGCGGGCGAGUCUGCCGAAGCGCGCGGUGAUGGGCGCUGCGUGGAUUGCCGGGGGGGCUUACUCGGUUGGUGUGGUGAGGGAGUAUUUUCGGACUGGGGGGGUUGAUGGGAAGGGACCUAAGGGUCUUUGAGUUUUUUUUUCUGGGUUUCUUUUGUUGAGUAGUAAAUGAUCAUGACAUGACGGCGUUUUUUGGGGUUUCGAUGGAAAGGGCGUAUAGUAUAUACACGACUAGCGGAGGGAACUAGCCCUCAACUUGCAUGCGAUGGGUUAGGCAGGAUUGAUUGGUUUCUUUGGUUUGGCAUUUUUUUCUUCUUCGCAUUUUCCUUACUCUCUUUCUUUCGCGUGCGGCCGGCUCUUGGUAGUCGUUUCAUGCCCCCCUCUUUGCAAAGCAGCAGGCAAACUUCAACAUCAUCAUCAUUGUUAUCAAUCAUGGAUUCAUUCGGUCAUUGGAUAUGGCAGGAUUGGUGAUAAGGAUGGAUCAUGGAUACCGUCCACACAUAUUAAGGUAGUCAGUCUCUCGUUGAUAGCGGACAAUUGAACAACAUCAAUCAAAGA